AGGGCGGGCGGCCAAUUGCAGCCCCCGGGAAGCGGCUGCGGCGGCGCCCGCGCUCGCAGGGCAGGAUGGAGGCGGAGGGCUGGGUACCGGCGCCGCUGCUCCCCCCGCCUGCCUCCGGCGGCGGCGGCGGGGGAGGGACCCGAGCUGCGGCCGCGGCUGCCGUGCCCGCGGGUGCCCGGGAGCCGCUGCUCGCCGCCGCCGCCGACGUGCUGGCGCUGGACGACGAGGAGGAUGACUUGGAGGUGUUCAGCAAGGACGCAUCCCUGGCUGAGGUAAACUCAUUCAGUCCUUCAAUGCCAAUAUCCCCCUCAUCGAUGAUAAACCAGUAUAAAUUUGAAGAUGAACCAGAAUUAAGAGAUCUCUUCAUUACAGUCGAUGACCCUGAAAGCCACAUUACAGCCAUUGAGACGUUUAUUACAUACAGAGUGGUCACAAAGACAUCUCGUAGUGAAUUUGACUCCAGUGAAUACGAAGUUCGAAGACGGUACCAGGAUUUCCUUUGGUUGAAGAGCAAGCUUGAAGAAGCCCACCCAACACUGAUUAUCCCUCCACUGCCUGAAAAAUUCAUCAUGAAAGGAAUGGUGGAAAGAUUCAGUGAUGAGUUCAUUGAGACUCGAAGAAAAGCGUUACAUAAAUUCCUGAACCGGAUUGCUGAUCACCCAACUUUAACUUUCCACGAGGACUUCAAAGUCUUCCUGACUGCACAGGCCUGGGAACUCUCCUCACACAAGAAGCAGGGCCCUGGGCUGCUGAGCAGAGUGGGCCAGACGGUCAGAGCUGUAGCAUCCUCAGUAAGGGGAGGAGUUAAAAAUCGCCCCGAGGUGUUUACAGAAAUGAACGAUUAUAUGGAAACGUUCAGUCAGAAAAUAAACGUGCUGGACAAGAUAGCUCACAGAAUUUACAAGGAACAAAGGGAGUACUUCAAUGAAAUGAAGGAAUACGGCCCCAUCCACACGCUCUGGUCAGCAUCAGAAGAAGACAUAGCAGACUCCCUGAAAGGUGUUGCCAGCUGCAUCGACAAGUGCUGCAAGGCCACGGAGAGGCGCAUGGCAGGUCUCUCGGAAAGCCUACUCCCCGUCUUACACGAGUACGUCCUCUACACUGACAUUCUGAUGGGUGUUUUGAAAAGGAGAGACCAAAUUCAAGGCGAGCUGGACUCCAAAGUUGAUGCUUUAGCCAAUAAAAAGACAGAAAAGGAUCUGUUCUCAGAAGAGAUUGGGAAACUUGAAGACAAAGUUGAAUGUGCCAAUAAUGCUCUGAAAGCAGAUUGGGACAGGUGGAAGCAAAACAUGCAAAGUGAUAUGAGAGCAACGUUCACUCACGUGGCUGAGAACAAUCUCCGUUAUUAUGAAGAGUGCCUUGCUACCUGGCAGUCAUUCCUGGCAUCUCAAGCAGUGGAUCUUCAUGUGGAAGAAGAUUCUGAAGACAGGACUUGAGAAAUAUCUCUGCCUGAUGUCUGCCUUUUCCAUGCAGUUUCUCCCAAAGAAGUGCUUUACACAAGAUCAAAUACACUAUUAAAUUUAACUGUUAACAACAGGAAACCAGCUUAUUGAAAACUCAGGUAUUCUAGUCCUGAAAUACAUUUUGGAACACGCUAUAUAUUGCUUUCUAUUGCUUAGCUGUGAUCUGACAUAUUUUUAUGCAGGUGUUUGCAUACAACUGUUUUCAUAAAUAUUGCAUAAUUUGGAUAUAAACUAUUUUAAAUAUGUAAAAAUAGCCCCAUUUUAAUA